ACCAAGGGCCAAAUCGCUGGCCGCGGAUUCGCCAUGGCUACCAAGACAUGGUCCCAUCUGCUUCCGAGUGCAACGAACCGGGACAUGUCGGGAGGAACUGUCCCAAUCGCCAGCGGGAGGGCCAUAUGGCAAAGAAGACGAAGCCUGCGGGAGCAACCAAGUGGUGCUCCGUCCAUAACGCCACUACACACUCCGACGAAGAGUGUUACAACCAAGGAGCCAAGCGACCAGAAAGCACGGGCAAGGCCUUUUCUGCAUGCACACACUGCGUGCACUGCUCAACCCAGUCAAACACACACGCCAAGCCUACCACAAGGGAAACUCCCAAAGAAACAGAGAAGACCGAGAAGGCAGAGAUCGACUUCUCUUACGACGAAGAUGCAUUCAAGGGAGGAUUCAUGUACCAUGCUACAUGCAGCAAGGGAGGCGGAUGCACUUUCACGACAACUGCAACUGAGACGCUGGUGGAUUCUGGAGCUUCUGAGACCAUGUUCGACAACCGCCUCAUCCCGAAUGGACGUCUCGAAGAAGAACGCCCGACGCUCAAGAUCAUCGACGUUGCAGGAGAAAGCCUACUACGAGGCACUACCACUGGGAUCCUACACUGCACCAUCAAAGACGACAAAGAACAGCAACUACCCGUCAAGCUACAAGGUCUCAUCGUGCCAGGACUAGGCCGGAACAUCUUCGCACCAACGGCCCUUCUCAAGAAGGGCCUCCGAUGUGUCCUGGAAGACAAGACCCCACACCUCACCAUCGGCGGAGAAGUCGUCGUUCCUCUGAAACAAGAGACUCAAGACCAAGGCAUGUGCACCCUCGCCAUCACAUUCAAGGGCGAUCCAGCGUCGACAAGCAAGACACCCCCGAAUAACCAAGAACCAGGGCGCAAGCCGAAGAUCGGAAAACCAGAAGCGGUACAGAUCGAUCACACUCUGCACGCGACAUGCUCAGUGGCGAUGAGCGUGAGCGCCGACCUCUGGCACCGGCGCCUCGGCCACAUCAAUCCACGUGCUAUGGAGAUUUUGCGGCGCAACCCCGCCACAGGUGUGAAAUAUGACGGUCCUGUAUUCCCGUGCGACAACUGCCACAUCACGAAGCACAAGAAGGAUCCCGUCCCGAAGAAGACCAGCCGUGUCCUGACCAAACCAGGCCAACUCGUCCAGUUCGACAACAUGGGACCAAUCGACCCGCCUGCGAAGUACCACGGACGCACCUACUCCUAUGUCGCCAAAGCGACCGACGUCUUCACCAGAAUGCGGGAAGUGUACCUACUGCGCGACAGGACCGAAACCACGCAAGCUCUGCACGCCUACAACAUGCAAGUAGCAUCUGAAGGCUACCGCAUCGAGGUUCUACGCUGUGACAAAGGGGGAGAGAACACUGGGGAAGAAAUGCGCAACUACUGUAGGGAGUCUGCGAUCAAGCUGGAAUUCGCCGCGACCAACACGCCCCAAGAAAUCGGAGUGUCAGAAAGGGAUGGCCAGACACUUGCGGCUGUGACUCGAGCUCUACUGCGCGAUGGAGACUUCCCAAAACACAUGUGGGGGGAGCUCAUGAUGACUGCAGCAUACCUGACCAACAGGACCCCACACGCGGCGCUAGGGGGAGCCACGCCGUAUUCCAAGAUGUACAACACAACCCCGGACCUUUCUCGACUUCGUGCCAUCGGCGCCCGCGCGUUCGUUCAUCACGAGCGAUACAAGAAGAAGCUAGACGACCGGGCCUUUGAAGGCAAGCUCUGCGGUUACGGACCUGACAGCAAGACGUACCGGAUCUACGUGGAGGGCAAAGACAAGGUCUACGAGAGCCGGAACGUGACUUUCAUCGAGACUCCACCCAACACCAUCCCCCCUCACCGGUGGGACGACCGUCUCGGAUAUGAACAGGACGUGAUGAACUUCACGUCAUUGCUCGGACGCCGUACCUCUACGGGCGACGAAGACAACAAAGUGGACUACGGAACACAAUCAGAGCUCCUGCUGCACGAGAUGCGCAACAUGCAGCAAGACAACAUCAGCCGAGCAGAACUUCGCCAAAACAACGCGGGCAUGGAUUCCGACAACUACUUUGCUGCUGGGGGAGCUGACAGCAACAACAACCCGCGGACUACGACACCAUCCAGGACAUCGCAGGACACGACACUCGAAUCACCCACGACGCCAACAGACACGGACUCCGCUUCGCCAGCCCCCAUCCCAAUGCGUCGAUUAACGGUGACCCGUCCUGCCACGCGCACUCACCAACCCACAGAUGACCCUAUCGACCCUUCAUGCAUCCCGAAAUCUCUGGAAGUGAACAUGAACGACAGAGGCCGCUCUGCCAUGGCUGUCAGCCACCCCGACCCACUGGAGCUCACCGAGGAUCAACUACUCGAUCUCACCCACCAAGCGCAGCAACGAUGCCCUACUGACGCGGCGGAUUUUGCUCACCUGGAUGAAGACCCCUUCGCCGAAGUCCGGGCGUAUGCUUACGCCAUGGGCACCUCGAGCAAAGGCCGCUUCAAGGCCCGCUUAGUCGCGGGGGGACACCGCCAACGAGCAGGACGACACUUCGGAAGGAACUACGCUCCAGUAACCCGAUUGGGUAGCAUCCGCAUGCUAUUCGCCAUCGCUUGCGAACACGGAUGGGAGGUGUACCAAUUGGACGUGGUAGCUGCAUUCCUGAACGCGUACACCGACAGAGACGUCUACGUCAGGCCGGCGCCAGGCGACGAGGAGAGGGACCCUACGACAGGUGAAAUGAUGGUCUACAAACUGGAGAAAAGUCUGUACGGCCUGUCACAGUCCCCGUCACUGUGGAACGACGCCAUCAAUGACAGACUCAUCAUCUUCGGCUGGCAGCGCACUCGCUCUGACCCCUGUGUCUACAUCUUCGUAAGCGGGGACGAACUCACAAUCCUCGCGAUCUACGUCGAUGACAUCCUCAUCACGGGCGGAAACAAGGAGAUCGUAAGCAGGAAAAAGAAGGAACUCAUGGACAGCUUCGAAAUGACAGACAUGGGAGAGGUCAAGCGCGUAAUCGGCAUCGAAGUGCAGCGGGACUACGAACAUGGCACACUAGCCAUAUCGCAAGGACCCUACGAGAGAGAUAUCCUACAGCGAUACGGAAUGGAACAGGCAAACCCGGUCAGCACCCCCGGGUAUGGAGCAGAACUAUCAACCGAGCAGCCACAAGACCAACUACUCGGACCCGAGGACAAGCAGAGAUUCCAGGCCAUCACCGGGAGUCUCCUGUACCUUGCCCAGUGCACCCGCUACGAUAUGUCAUACGCAGUGCACCAACUGACACGGGCAUGCGCAAACCCAGCACAGGUCCACAUGGCUGCGGCCAAGCACCUACUACGGUACCUACGCGGAACGCCGGACCUGCCGAUCGUGUACAAGAAGGGGCAGUUCAGACUCUCGUGCUUCACUGACUCGUCAUUUGGAGCCAACCCAGACAACGGCAGGUCUACCACCGGAUACCUGUUCUUCCUAGGAGGGGGACUGAUCAGCUACGGAGCCAAGGCACAGACUCUCGCAGCACAGAACACCGUGGAGGCCGAGCUUCAAGCGCUGAGCUUCAGUGCUCGCGAGGCAGUCUACAUCUCCAACUUCAUGACGGAAAUCGGAUUCAAGACCUUUCGAUCGGUACCCAUCAACAGCGACAGCACCGGAGCAUUGACUGUGGCCAGCAACGCGAUGUUCAGCUCUAGAACCAAGCACAUCGCGCUCCGGUUCUUCUUCCUCAGGGAACUCACGAAGGGGCACCGGAUCACUCUUCACCACCAACCUAGUGCCACGAUGUUGGCGGACAUCGCGACGAAACAUCUCCCGAAGCAGCGAUUCGCCACCAUCAUGCAACUCAUCAAGGACUACAAGUGCUAGAACAUAUUAAGCACAAGAUCGCAUAUGGUUGAAUGUUUUGGACGCGUGUAUUGCUCACAGGAUGGAUUCAGUCAUGUGGAGGUCGAUAUUCUUUGAUAUGGAUUGGGAAUCGAGGGGUCGCAAGAAUGGCAGCGAAGUGAAGGUGUUUUGGAACAUCGGCUACUUGCCUAAUCGAGGGGUCGUGUCGAGGAAAACUGUUACAACGUAGUCAGGCACAGUUUACCAUAGGUGCGACUGCGGCAACUAGCCUUCCGUAGACAUAAUACAGAAAGAAGAGAUGGUACUCAGCAGAGAACAUGAGCACAGAGUUGUAGCGGAGAUAAUUUGGCAGGCGAGACUGUAGUUGUUUUAUUGUUCCGAACCCCGAAAUUCCGGUACUCCGGGCCAUUACUCCGGAGACCCUCGGAACCUGCUGUGUUUUUGCUGCUUGUUUUUUGUUUUUGUUUUGUUGUUGAGAUGAGACACAAGCGCGCCUUCGCCCCUUGUGCUCACUCUCAUCUAGCACCCAUCAAAGCCUGACCAGGGAGUCAGUUGAUAAGAAAAUCUAUCUACAUUUCUCUUUCCAGAGCUCGCUCGGGCCUACCGAUCUCACAGCAGUGUAGACCAACCUCUGUGAUAGAGCGGUGACAGCAGUGUAACCUCUGUGGUAGACUACAAAGUCUACGAGCUACAGCAGCACCGCCACCUCCGCUGCUGCAGGACGCCACAUUUUGU